UUUUCAAAGCGAAUCAAGAGAAACCCCAAUUUUGUCGUCGUAAUCUGAGUUUGUAAAAAAGGGGUGGAAAAGGUAGAGAUAAAAUCCAUGGAAGAAAAUGUAGACGUUAAAUUUGACGAAAUCAUAGGAGAAUCAUUUAUCGAUAUCAAAGAAAAUGGGAACUUCUCUGAUGUUAUCAUAGAAACCGAGAAUGGGGUAGAGUACAAAGCUCACAAAGCCGUUCUAGCCACCAUCAGCCCGAUAUUCAAAGCUAUAUUCCAGGAGAAUAAACCUAAUCACCAGGGAUCACAAGUCAUGAGGAUAAUAUUCAAGAGCGUUCCAUCCUCCAUCAUGGAGAUAUUUAUCAACUAUGCCUAUAAUUACCAGCUGGAAAUAGACUUUUAUAAUGUGGAGGUGUUGCUGUGUUACGCUGAUGAAUAUCACGUUUUCGGGGUUCUUAAGCUCUGUUGCGAUUACCUUAUUGAUAACUUGCACACUCAUAACGCCUUGGGUAUCCAUUCCUUGGUCAAGAAAUACAAUUUGCCCUGUACGGAGGAGUUGAUUAGAAAGUAUGUAUUGUCCAGAUUCGUGGAAAUAGCCAUUGGCAGCCAAGAGUUUUUGCAAUUAAACGAGGAUGAUCUGUGCAAAUUUUUGAGCGAUGAUGCCCUUAACAUCAAAAGUGAAGAAAAAACAUUCGAUCUCCUGAUAAAGUGGAUCAAGGUUAGUCCUAAACAGAGAAGAAAAUGUAUCUCGAGGCUAAUUAAGUGCAUCAGACUAGGUUUGUUAUCCUUCGAUUACUGCGCCAAUACACUGUCUCAUAAUGAGUACUAUAUAGAAGCCAUGAAUUCAGAUUUGUCUAAAAACUACUUAUUGGAUGCUCAGUCUUAUGUUAAAGAGUCUGAAAAUCAAAUGUUGAACGAUGUUGGAUUUAAUUUUUCAUAUGCUAGACCUAGAAUCCCUCACGAAAUUAUUUUCGCGAUGGGAGGCUGGAGCACCGGCAACACGACUAAUUUUAUGGAAACUUACGAUUCGAGAUCAGACAGAUGGUUUAUUUGCACAUCAAACCCUACGACCUCCAGGCCAGCAUACCAUGGAAUGGUGUUCCUAAAUGGAUUUAUAUAUGUUAUAGGUGGCUACGAUGGCACGGACUAUUUUAGCACGGUUCAAUCUUUUGAUCCAGAGACCGAAGAAUGGAAACUGGUAGCUCCUAUGCAUAAACCCCGCUGUUACGUGAGCGUGGCAUGUUACAAUGGUCGCAUAUAUGCCAUAGGUGGAUAUAAUGGAGUACAAAGAAUGGCAUCUGGGGAAAAGUAUAACCCGAUUAAUAAUCAAUGGACUAUGCUACCCAAGGAUAUGCACAGGCAAAGGAGCGAUGCGUGUGCAGCUACUAUAAAAAACAAAAUAUUUAUGGUGGGCGGCUUCAACGGUGAGGAAAUAACAAAUACCGCCGAAUAUCUAGACACGGAUCUUGAGCAAUGGAUAGAGAUAAGGCCCAUGCUAUCUCCACGCACCGGAGUUAGAUGCGUUUCCCACAACAAUAUUUUAUAUGUAGUUGGAGGCUUUAACGGGACUAACAGAUUAAAUUCUGGUGAAUACUACAAUUUAGAAAAAGGGGAUUGGGUCGAAAUACCAAACAUGCUUUGCCCCAGAAGCAAUUUCAUGUUGAUUCAAAUGGAAGGAUUUUUGUACGCGAUAGGAGGAUUCAAUGGAAACACGACUAUAUCAUUAGUAGAAAGCUACGAUUGCGAAAAUAAAGAAUGGAUAACAUGUUGUAAUAUGAAUAUAAGAAGGAGUGCUCUGGGAGCUUGCGUGGCUUACGGACUAUCAAAUUCCAAAUAUUACACUUUUCACGGACAAAUAGGAAUAGGGGAUUUGAAUAAAGAUACGAACGAAGUUGAACUGGAUUAAAUUAUAAAAUUUAUAUAUCAGCAUAAAAAAUAAUUUAGCCAACGAAUGAAGAAUUCGUAUU